AUGGUUCUACCUUGCGAAUGGCCGCAGAUCGAGCUGGAGGUCGGCGACCUGGGAAUCGAGGUGGAGUCGACGGGCGAUGGGUCUGACUCGCUCCCAGCGCACGGCGAGCUCUCCCCGCUGCGCGCGACGGGCGCGCCGGAGGGGUUCAGCGGCUACGCGAACGCGCUGUUCGACGGCGGCGACGGCGACGACGACGGGGACGGCGGCCUGCGCGGCGUGGCCGAGACGCUCCGCGAGGACACGGCGCGGUUCAUGCGCGAGCUCGGCGGCGCGCCCGCCGCCGUCGCAGAAGCCUGGCUGCCAUCGGACGACAACAACCCCCCGGCCCGCCUCGGCCUGGCCGACCCAGAGGGCUGGGAGCAGACGAACGCGUUCGAGGCCGCGUCGCCGCCGCGCGGUGCGCGGAGGAACCUCCAGGACUCGUACGACGGCCCCGCGCGGUCCGAGUCGGCCUUCAGCCCCGACCGCGUCGCCGUAGCGCCACCGCUGCGCACCGCCGAGCGCGCCGCGGCGCGCGCGAGCCAGGAGCAGCGCCGGAGCAGCGCGGCGUCGACGCCCGUGCGGGCGCCGUCGACGCUGGACGCGGGCGCGGCGGCGGAUCCGCCUGGCGCGGGGAGGGGGGGGUAUUCGGAACACCUCGCCGAGUCAGGGGUACCGCGCCGCGCAGGCCGAGGCCGCGAGCCGGCGGUCGGCCGCCGUGUCGCGCGGCCGCAGCCGCGCGAGCUCCGCGGCGCCGUCGUCGCGGGCGAGCUCGGCCGGGCCCCCGAGCGACGCUGGCGGCGAGGGGCGCGGCGUGCGCACCGACAAACUGCGCGCGCUGCGCGCGCGCGCGGCAGCGCGGGGAUCCGACGCGCUCCGUGCGGCGCAGAACCGCCUCAGCGCGUCGGGCCGCGGGCUCCUGCACAGCCCGCGCGGCGGCGCCGAGGGGGGGGAGUACGUCGACGAUGGAGGGGGGUCUUCCGUGGUGUCGGGCGGGGCGGCGACGGACGCGUCCCUCGAGGUCACGAACCCGUACAUCCGCGCGAUGUUCGAGGCGAACCGCCCGAAGCGCCCCGCCUCGGCCGCGCAGCAGCGCGCGCGCCAGCAGCAACACGCGCGCGGCGCCGCGCCCGCGCCCGCGCUGCCGCCCGAGGGCGGCCCGACCGCCGACGGCGGGCUCUACCUGCCCCCUGCGGCCGUCGACGAGGUCCUCGGCGAGCUCUCGUCUCUGCGCUCGGAGAAGGCACGCCUGGAGCGCACGCGCACCGAGGUCGAGCGUGA